AUGCUCUGCGAAACUCGUUACAAAGUAGAUGUGCUGUCAAAGCCACAACUGGUAAAGCACUAUACAAUAUUAAAGGUGUUACGAUUCAUUUAAUGAGAGCCUCAAAGGCAUAGACUCCAUACUUAUUGAUGAGUAUUCAAUGCUUGGCCAAACUAUUCUUAGAUAAAUAGAUGCAAACAAGCAAAGGGAUAUCAUUACAAAGUACUUGAAGGAAAAUCCUUGAUUUUGAUCGAUGAUCCAGGUCAAUUGCCAUCUGUAGCAGGUGAGCUAGUUUAUCACAGUAAACCAUCUAAUGCUAUUGGAGAACAAGGAUAUCAGACCUAUAGAAUGUUUCACACAGUUAUCAAACCAACUAUUAAUCAGAGAGUUCAGGAUGACUGUAUCAAACAGGAGAAAAUCAGGAAUUUG